UCUUUAUUGAGUUUAGUUUAGUUUUUAUUUAUUUCCCACCCAAAAGGGUGGGAAACUGUGGCUUUGGUUUUUAGCAAUCCGGAUCGGAAGGGGUUCUAAAACUGUUCCCAUCUCGUCCAAAGUUGUAUAACGCCAUCGGUGGAAUGGGUGAUGGAGAGGCUUGCCAAGCGUGUCGGAGGAAAUUAGGAGCAAUGGGCAGUGCCAAUUUCAUUCAGAUGGCCCAGUCCUGUUGGCCCUACCAGUGGGGUUCAGAUAUAGCUGUUACUGCUUGAGUUGGAGAACCCAGGAACAGAAAUGCCAUUCACAGAACCGAGCAAUGCAAUGAAGGAGGCUGGCAGGAUGUACCUUUCUGGAGCAAAACUGUUUUGCGGCAUCAGAAACUUGGUGCCUUUUCCUAUCCACGCCUUGGGAGCAUAGGACCCCAACAAAUUUUGGGGGAGGAGCAUAGGGAGGUGGGCUUGGCCAAACUGAUGUUCCCUGGAAAAGCUGGAGGGCAGUCGGGUGAGCAGUGAUCCUUCAAAACACUGGUUUGUGUGCAAUAUUCUCCCCCCCCAAAGCAGCUGUUCAGUGUAAAAUAACCACCUGUUGCAAGCAUUUGUCUGGAGAGGACGGGAACGAGGGAAGCAAGAGCUAAACUAAGCGGGUGAUGUACACACAGCCAAAAAGAAGAGCAGGUGGUCUUCAGCCUACAGCCACAAUUUGCUUCUCCUCCUUUCUCUCUUUCUUCUCUGCCCUCUGCACAAAUAUUCGUCUUUCAUGCCUUUUCCUCCGCUCUCUUUUUUCCUCGCUCUCGUUUGCACCAGGACGCAAGGCAGAUCCCCGGGUGGCCGCAGUGGCACCACCUCUCCCCGCACGACCCCCAGCAACUCUCCGUCUUUGAGAAAGCGCCUCCUACAGCUGCCUGCCCGGCCUGCUCCAGAGCCACCCUUGGAGACCAUGGUGGAAAAGGGCACCGAUAACCCUGCUGAGCGGGCCCCUCCACCGGGGCCCCCUCAGGGCAACCCUCUCAACUACCCACUCAGCGGGCGCAGCUUUAUUCGCAAUAACAAGAAAAUGCAGAGCUGGUACAGUAUGCUGAGUCCCACCUAUAAGCAACGCAAUGAAGACUUCCGCAGGAUCUUCAAAGGGCUUCCUGAAGCUGAGAGGCUUCUUGUAGAUUACUCCUGCGCGCUGCAGCGUGACAUCUUACUUCAAGGACGGCUUUAUCUAUCAGAGAACUGGAUUUGCUUCUACAGCAACAUCUUCCGAUGGGAGACCACGAUUUCCAUCCAGCUCAAGGAGGUCAUAUGCAUCAAGAAGGAAAAGACGGCCAAGCUGAUCCCCAACGCGAUUCAGAUUUGCACAGAGACGGAGAAGCAUUUCUUCACAUCCUUCGGCGCCCGCGACCGAUGCUUCAUGCUAAUCUUUCGCCUUUGGCAGAAUGCACUUCUGGAUAAGACAUUGCCUCCACGAGAACUCUGGCACAUUGUCCAUCAAUGCUAUGGUUCUGAACUUGGCCUGACCAGUGAAGAUGAUGAUUACGUUUCUCCCAUUGAUGAUCUCAAUGGCUUGGGGAGCCAUAAAGAAAUUGGAGAUGAUAUCGACCUGACUGAGCUGACUUCCCGCUGCAGCACUGACCUCAAGCUGGACACCAGUCCCUUGCUGGACAAAAGGGACACCAGUCAGAGCAUCAACUCACUGGCCAGCAGCAGCGAUGGGACCACAUCGUUGGCAGAGGAUCUGGAGGAGAACACUGACAGCCAAAUGGAUGCUUCAUCCAGCCACACAGUGACCUCAGCCACGGAACCCCCACCAGAUGAUUUGCUGCAAGGAUCUCCUGUGUCCCCCCCGGAGGGGGACCCACCCCCCAGUGAGGAGCUCCCCACUGACAUGAGUAAUUCCUCCUCUUCCACACAAGAUGAAGCCGAAGUGGAAGCCUUCUUCACCGACUUGCCAGGGCGGCUCCUGAUUAAUGCUGUGUAUCACAUUGGAGCUGAGAGGUUGCAACAAAUGCUCUUCAGUGACUCCCAGUUCAUACAUGGCUUUUUUGACCAACGCAAGUUCACAGAUGUUACACUGACUUCAUGGAGUGGAGACAGCAAGUGUCAUCAAAGCCGUGUCAUCACCUACACCAUCCCCAUCAGUAACCCUUUGGGCCCCAAGAUUGCACCUGUGGUGGAGACCCAGACUCUGUUCCGUGCCAGUUCCAAGAAUGGAGGCUGUGUAGUUGACUCAGAGGUGGUCACCCAAGGCAUCCCUUACCAGGAUUACUUCUACACUGUGCAUCGAUACUGCAUCACCACCAUAGCCAAAAGCAAGGCCAGGCUCAGAGUCUCCUCUGAAAUCCGGUAUCGGAAGCAGCCGUGGACCCUAGUGAAGACUUUCAUUGAAAAAAAUGCAUGGAGUGGUGUUGAAGAAUACUUCCAGCACUUGGAACUGGCACUGGUGCAAGCAGAAAAGGCUCUGCUAGAGGAGAGCUGCCAUGGCAAAGAACCCCGGGGUCUCUUGUCUGGAUUGCGUCGCAGGAAACGUACCCUGAGCUGGAGAGCACCCCAUGUUGAACCCCCAAUGCCCACACUACCCGAUGGUGAAGGGGCAUCACGUACUGUUCGCCCCUCAGGCAGCCUGACCUCACGUCUUUCAGAACAACUACUGGAGCCGGGACAGGGACAGACUGUCUCCACUGUGAUCCUCGUCAUCAGUCUGGUUCUCUUAGUUCUUGUCAUCCUCAACAUGAUGCUGUUCUACCGGCUGUGGUCUCUGGAGCACACAGCCCGAACCGUGGAGUCAUGGCAGACAUAUGCGCUCUCCAAUGGAAAACUUCCACAGACAGCCUCGGAAUGGGCAGAGAUUCUGGAGCUGCAGAAACAGUUCCACAGUGUGGAGGUGCAAAAGUGGAAACAGAUCCUGAAGGCCUCAGUGGAGCUUCUGGAUGAGAUGAAACUCUCCCUUGAGAAGCUGCAGCAGGGCAUCAUGGUGGCAGAGCCCCCGUUGGAGCCCGAGUGAAGCCACAGUAUCUUCCUCUCUCUUGAGGAGGUUGCUGAGUUACUGGAGAGAAGACUCCUGAGACUCAUCCCAGAAACUGUUGAACCAGUAGUGUGGGGAUCCUGUGGGUGGAGGUGGGAGGAAAUAGCACUGUGUUCCUUGCCAGAUCCAUCACCUGGACAUUAUCCUCAAGAGUGCCACUGGUAGCAGUGGAUCCCUUGGUGGAACCUGUUUUGCUGGGAAUAUCACUCUCUGAUCAUUCUUCCUGGGACAGUUCCUGCAGGGACUUCUCUUUGACCCCUUUCCCCUUCAGUGCUAUUUAUAUUCCACCCAGGAUCCCCAAGAAUCCUUGAUUUUCUGUAUCCUGGCACCAGUUCUUUUUUCCAGCUAUUGUUUGGGGAGGAUGGAGGGUGGGAUCAAUGUUAGGCGGCGGAUGGCCUCUGGAGCUGGGAUCUGCCUUUUGCCCUUCAUUCAACAGUUGAGAUACUGUACGGAGGACAGCAAAGAAUUUAGAUCUGCAGUUCUCUCUCUUAUACGCACAAGCUAUCAUGAACUGGUGGUGGGGAGAAAGCAAUUCAGAGGCUCCAGUGGGUUCAUUCUUUCCUUGGCUCUCUUUCCUGCUGCUCCCCUCCCCUAUCUUUCCUACCACUUGGUAGGUCUGAUGAUUAAUGUUCUUAAAAGGGAUCUUCUCAACAAAUUACCUCUGAUAGGGUAAAAGCUCUUCAGGACCGCAUUUUCACACACAGAAAAGCAGAGAGCUGGACUACAGCAUUUUCUUGCUGGUUGCACAUUAAUGCAGAGAAAUUUCUGAACAAGGGGUCACCCUUGGAGUGUCCCUGUAAUCUUGAAAGAUACAUACACCAGCAGUUCUAUAUACACAUAACCUUGCUAUCUUGGAGUCCAGCCCAACCCUCCUUUUCACAGAAUGGUAACUGACUUCUGAAAGUAUCCGCCAAGUUCUGCUCCUCAUGGACUGUAUUUACACAACACUAAAUCCAAAAGGCUGAUGAAAGAGUGCACUGUUUUCCCACUGCGCAUAGCCAGAGACAUAAGCUGAAUGCAGCGUUUCUCAACCUUGACAACUUUAAGAAUUCUGGAAGUUGAAGUCCAGACAUCUUAAUGUUGCUAAGGUUGAGAAACACUGUUUUAGUGUGUUGUCCGAACUGGAAAUUGUCACCAUUUGGGGUUUACUGAAAAUGGACUUUGUAGCCAAGGCAUGUUGUAGGUUUAAGUGUUCCAAAACCCCAAAUGGCACACCUUUUUUGAGUUUGGAAAACAUGUUUGAGUCUGGAUAACAAUCAGUGUAUAUAGCUAUCGAGAGUGUGGUAAAGUGCUAGUGUUCAUUCUUGUUAACCAGGCAUUUGGGUUUAGUGUGCCACACAAACAGAUAAUUUAGUACAAAAUGCUCCAAAUGGUGCUUUUUAGGGAAUGUUGUAUCUGGGUGCAGUCAAGACCAGUGGUGCCAUCCGGGUUUUAUUUUUUUUUAACCCUGUGCAGCAUGCCAUGUGUGCCACACAGGAGAUUCUUGCAUCUGCCUCCUGAACAACAGCUGGGCCUUGCCUUCCCACAAGGAAACUGUAUUGUCACUAUAAAGUGAAGUUUCACUGCCAAUCUGGGCCUCUAAGCCCUUCAAAUAUACUGGCAAGGAGGGGGCAUUGAAAUCUGCCCCCUCCUGGAGAGGGGGUUGUGUGUCUGUCAACUCUGUGUUCUCUUACCCCAAAAACUUGGGAAGCCAGGUUUCAGACCCUCUCCCUUUUUUCCCCUUCCCCCAUUAAAAGGGGGGUGGGGGGUGGUCUCUUUCCUUCAGUUUUGUAGAUCUGUUCAGUAUUAAUAAUCCCAUGUGUUUGCAGUUCCAGAAAAACACCAAGGCUUAUUUAUUAGGGAGUGAAAUAAAGACCGUGGAUCGGA